AUGGCUGGCGUCGCGCCGCCGGCGGGGAGCAGCGCGAUUCCCGACCUGAACGAGCCUUUCAUGGAGGAAGAUGUAGACACCGCUAGGGCAAAUAUUCCCGCCGACAUGGUGGUCGACGUAGACGCCGCUAGGGCAAAAAUUCCCGCCGACCCGACCAUCCCCCUACCGCCAGGGACGAAAGGGGCUCCCGAACCCGGGCCGGACCGGUACUCGCCGCGUUCGGACACGGAGCAGCCGCCGCCAAUUGGACCAUUUCCAGAAAACGACUACAUGUAUCUGACCGUAGAGGACUUGUUGGCAGCCGACGAGAAAGAUGACGCCUUCCUGCAAAACAUUCCGCGCGACGAUUUUGCGGAAGCCGCCUUCGACAUCAACAAAGAGCUCGCCAAGAAGAACAGAUUGCUGAGGAUGAUGUGGGGUUUCCGGCAUCUCGACACGCUGGAGGCGAGAACGACCCGGAUUCAGUACCUGCGGGCGCUGCUCGACUUCAGGAGAUGGUGCUGCGCGAACCUUCCAAGACAGCAAACCGCCAGAGUCAAGGGGGACGGCGUGCUGGAACACGAGGACGAGAUAGGGAGGUACAUCGACGAAGACAUGGCGCUCCAGACGGCCUGCAAGGUCGAGGGGACGCUCUUCGGGGUGAAGGAGCUCCACAUCAUGUACGACAUCUCCGAGGUCCGCUCGGAGGUGCGCGCGAUGGUCAGAGAGAAGUGGCACAGGGACGACAGGGAUUGCGUCGACCGGCACCGCGGAACGCUCGGCGACACGUACACCACCGACCAGAUCCGCCACCUCAUGUUCAAGGUCUUGCCGACCUGGGCAGCUCGGGCGUACGAACCCAAAGCGGCCACCCCCUCCCAGACACUGUGGAAGUUUCUGCUGAUGAAGACGAUGACCCUCUUGGGUCACCACACCCUUCUCCGCGGAGCCAGUCUCCGAGCGAUCGAGCUCCCCGACCUGUUUUUGUACAGAAUGGGGAGCGCGUCGCCCGAGCACUCCACUCGACGGCCGGUUGUCAUGGUUGUCGCGUCACGAAACUCCAAGACGAACAAGGAUGCUCGUCUGCAUCACAGCUACGCGGCGAGACACCUGGACCAAGAGAUGUGCGCCGUCGGUCACACACUGUUGUGGCUGCACUUCGUGUACGACCAGCUCAGCCGAUCGCCCACUUCUCGAUGUGUGCCGCCCCUCGACUUCAUGACUCCGUACAGCUGGUAUCACAAGCACCUCUUUCAUGCUCGGAACGACAAGGAACAAAAAGAGCUGCCGGCGUCAUCUCAUUCUCGGAUCACGAAAGAGAUGUGGCGGACGAACAACAUCUUCAUCACGCGCAACACCCACGCCGCCCGGGCGGGUGGGGCACAGGAGCUGGCCGACGACGGCGUUCCGCGAUCUGACAUCGCCGACUUGGGCCACUGGGCGCUCGACAAGCUCGCGAAGAGCUACAUCACGACCAUCCCGAAGGCGGCGGUGUUGAGAAAGGCCGGCUACACGGGCAAGCGCGGCGACUACCACCUCGGCCGGAGCAUGGUGAAGCCCGACGACAAGGUGGUGGCCCUCAUCGCCCAGCACAUCUUUCCGUGGGCUGAAGCGGAACUGGCCAAGGUGAGCAUUUCGGACGGCAAUAACGCCGACAACCCGCCGACCAUUUCCACGACGACAUUAUACCGACGGCUGAUUGUGUUUGUGUUUGUGUUCGACUCGCAGGCGGUAAAAUGCGCAUCCGCGAGAGAGCCCAACACGGCCGGGGUGCACUUCCUGCAAUCGCUCAUCGAGUUCGGCCGCCGAAUCGUCGCCGAGGAUCUUGCGUGCAUGCUGAUGCGCGAACCGUGGCACCCGUACGUCCAGAGUUCCAAGCUCUGCCGCGACCCCGACUUCCAAAAAUGGGCCAAGGACGUCAACCGGGUGGACCUCGAAACCAUCGCGACGCGCAGUACUCCGAGCGAGAACCCCCAAGAGGAAUUCAGCGCGCGAAUCGACGCCGAAUAUCAGGUCGACCAGCUCACCAUGAUGCUGCACCGCCAGAGGGAGGAUGCCGCGAUCGAGAAGCUUGAGAUGCAGAAGAAGUUGGAGGAGAAGGACGCGGAGAUCGCGAAGCCGAUGACGGCCGCCGAGAAGGCAGCGUCCGUCAAGAUCGAGAAGGAACAGGAGGAUGACCUGACGUACGAGGUCAACGUCGUGCAUCCCUGGCGCACAUCCAAGACGGUCGAGGCUGCAUGGCGCUGGUGGAACAACCCGUCCAACUUCGACUCGCGUCCGUUGCGCGAACGUUUCGACGAGCACAGAUUCCUCGUCAGACACACGCGCAUGAUCUGCAAGGUCGAAAAGGGCGCCAAACCCGCCGCGUCGGCGAAGUCGGCGAAGAGCUCUAGUCCCACGACCGAGGUGGGUGAGACGGGGAAAAACGAUGCGCUGCAGCACUGCACUCGCCGGAUGAGGCGGAUCAUGGAAGCGGUGCACGACUUGCGGCGGAGCGACGACGCCGCUGACACCGCCGCCGUCAUUAAGCUACUCGACCACCUGGGGCAAGCGGGGCUUUCCACUUUCAGCGACGCGCUCUUGGUCCUCCGUGCAACCCCGCCCAUCAAGGUCCCCACCACAGCCGACGGAAAGUCGGUCGGCAUCAAGGGUCUGGACAAGCCGCUGGCGAGGAAGCUCGCCGUUGCGUGGGGCGUGGUCACGGCGGGCUACAUGGACGCUGACUGGGGAAAGACGCUCUUCGGCGACUUGUGGGAUGAGCAGGCCAAUAAGGCCGGCUUGGAGGCCGAGGCGACGGUGGGAGCCAUCGGCGCAGGGAAGCGCAAGAGGGCGGGCUGA